UCAAAUUUCGUUCAUAAAAAUUUCAUUGAUCGCUGCCACCAGUCCCGUUGUUCGGUCGAUUGUUUUUCAAUUCGUGUAUUUUUACACAAAUUACAGGUGCAAAAUUCGCGUAGACGGCCCAGAGUCCGCGAAUUUGUUAGCAUUUGCCAUCCAAGCCAGAAGCUUUGCGUGGGGUGUGACCACCGGAAUCGUACUUUGUCAUCUUUUUAUCAGCCAUCGAUUAGUCACCGUUUAGGGGUAGCUUGAAUUAGAUUGCCCAAAAUGACCGAGCGCCACACCUUCGGGGGUAAUCUUAACCCAAUCACCUGCCAUGCCUGGAACAAGGAUCGUAGCCAAAUUGCCAUCUCCCCGAACAAUAACGAGGUCCACAUCUAUAAACGAGAGGGAUCCGAAUGGAAGUUGCUGGACGUGCUGAACCAGCAUGAUUUGCGUGUGAUGGGGAUCGAUUGGGCUCCGAACACCAACCGGAUCGUGACUUGUGCUGUGGAUAGAAAUGCAUACGUUUGGAGCCAGGGAGAUGAUGGCAAGUGGAAACCGACCUUGGUUCUGCUCCGAAUCAACCGGGCUGCGACCUGUGUGCGUUGGUCUCCGCUGGAGAAUAAGUUCGCCGUGGGAUCUGGGGCCCGGUUGAUUUCGGUUUGCUACUUUGAAUCGGAGAACGAUUGGUGGGUUUCGAAGCAUAUUAAGAAACCGAUACGUUCGACGGUGACGUCGUUGGACUGGCAUCCGAAUAAUGUUCUGUUGGUGGCGGGUUCUACUGAUUAUAAGGUGCGGGUAUUUUCCGCCUAUAUUAAGGACAUUGAACAGCACCCGGAACCUACGGCUUGGGGCCCGAAGAAACCCCUGGGGCAGAUGUUGGCUGAGUUUAAGAAUUCAACUACUGGAGGAGGUUGGGUCCAUAGUGUGUGUUUCUCUGCCGAUGGUAAUCGGGUUUGCUGGGUGGGCCAUGACAGUGCGAUCAACAUUGCCGAAGCCAACAAUGGAAACGUGGCCAUCAAGCUCAAGACGGAGUAUCUUCCGUUCCUUUGUUGCGAGUGGAUUUCUCCGCAAUCGAUUUUGGUUAGUGGACACAGCUGCGUUCCUCUGAUCUAUACCUUCGAUGGUAGUCGGAUCGUGUUGGCAGCCAAGCUGGAUCAGUCAACAAAGAAGGAACAGAGUGGCAUCUCGGCAAUGCGGAUUUUCCAGUCGUUGGAUCGGAAUUCUCGUACGGAGAAUUCCGAUACCAAUCUGGAGUCGAUUCACCAGAAUGCAAUUACCUGUGUAUGCAUCUAUUCUGGCAAUAAGGGAAGUGCCAGCCGAAUCAGCACUUCUGGCUUGGAUGGCCAGCUGGUCAUUUGGGACAUCAAUACCCUCACCCGUUCAAUGCAGGGUCUCAGAAUUUGAACAUAUGAAACGUCAGUAUUCGUCGGCCAAAGAGGUACAGGAUAAAUUUUGACUGAUUUAUUCUAUGCGAAGCAUUUAGAAUGGCUGAACAACACUUUGCUGGUCAACAUUGAAUCCAUUAAUAAAUUCCAAUCUUUACACUCGA